UCAGUGCCAGUGUUUCACUGGUGCUAUAUUAAUCCGUACUGAUCUCCCAUGGAGGAGCUACAUUUCUCCAUUUUCUUCAGCCCUGGUGGAGGCAACUUUCGGCCGUCCCUCGUGUCCCAAACUAAUCAACGCUUUCUAUAGGCACAAUGAAUAGCUUCAAACGAGCAAGUGAUUUCAAUGCAGAGCUAGUCAUCGGACCGAUCCAAGUCUGUGGAAUGUUGAGCGCGGCGUUAUUUGGCUGCCUUGGCUGCCAGUCCUACUUGUAUUUUGUAAGAUUCAGCGACGAUCAUCUCGCCCUAAAAGCAACUGUAUCUGCAGUCAUCCUAAUUCAGCUGGGCCACUUUGUUUGUGUAUUAUCGAUGUUGUGGACAAUGACUGUCAGCACCUAUGGUGACCCAUCUCAACUUGCGGUGCUCCCUAUAGCGUUAAACGUCGCCGUUCCGUUGGGCGGUUUAACAAUUGUCAUUGUGCAGUCAUUCUACACUUUUCGACUUUGGAAGUUGACUAGAAAUGUCUUCUUGCUCAUUUUUUGUCAAAUGCUCUCCGUGAUUGCACAAACUUCCACGUGCGUUCUCGCAGCAAAGGCAAUUUCCGCGACGAACAUCGCGGAUUUUCAAUUGCUGCUGAUUGAGCUCACUUUCACUGCACGUGCAACCUGUGACUUGAUCACCACAGCUGGAAUCGCCUGGGGUUUGAAGAAGAGACGAGAUCCUGAGAAUGAAGACACGGUUACGAUCAUCAACCGGCUGAUUAAAUGGACAAUCGAAACUGGUUUAGUCACUAGUUUGAUGGCCCUUACGUUGGCAACAUUGCUUCCAGCCCUGAAGCAGCCGAAUUAUUCGGGGAUCGGGUUAUGGUUGCUGUUUCCUAAUGUCGUAGGGAGCACCCUGUUAGCCUCGUUGAAUCGUCGGUCGCUCCUUCGGGACAGGGCCUCAACAAAUGAUACUCAGAGCUGUUCACAUACUCUGAGCACGAUUAUGUUCAACACCGGGACUACACAAUCACAAGCUGACCCACCAGAAAAGGAAUUUCAAGGACCAAUAUUUACAAGUACAAACGAAACUAUUUCUAUGUGCUGACUUUGGGGUAAAUUGCAGACGAGAUGAUUUGUCCUUGGCAUUUUGUAGGAUGACAAUGUACCAGGCGUCCUGUGAGCUUGCUAUGCAAUCCCAAGCAGAGCCGUUGGAAAACUUCAAGAGUUGGAGGCAUAGCAAGUUUCUGAGCCUGCAGUGGUUCAUGAUAGUCUGCCAGCAUGGCUCUAAAAGAUACCGAAGAAGGACACU